AUCGACCAACCAGAAGCGGCGUGGGCGGGUCACUGUGCUGAUGCCUCGAACCAUAACAACAGUCUUCGACGUCUGAUUAAAGACUGUUCUGGAUAAAAGACCACCAAGACAGCUGCAGUCAUGGGCAAGUCCCAGUCACUCUUGGCCAAGCACAAAGACGAGAGUCAGGAUGCGCUGACGACCACCGAGGAGUACAAGGACUCUCAGACGGAUGAGGAGGGGAAGAACGGAGACGUGUCUCAGUUUCCCUACGUGGAGUUCACCGGGCGGGACAGUGUGACGUGCCCCACCUGCCAGGGCACUGGCCGAAUCCCCCGAGGUCAAGAGAACCAGCUGGUUGCGCUGAUUCCAUACAGCGACCAAAGACUGCGACCAAGCAGAACGAAGCUCUACGUUACAAUAUCAGUGGCAGUCUGCCUGUUGCUUUCUGGUCUGGCCGUGUUCUUCCUUUUCCCGCGCUCCAUUGACGUCUCCUAUGUGGGAGUGAAGUCAGCUUACGUCUCCUACGACCAGGACAAGCAGAUCGUCUAUCUCAACAUCACAAACACGCUCAACAUCACCAACAAUAACUACUACGCCAUAUCGGUGACCAACAUCACAGCCCAAGUUCAGUUCGCCAGGACGGUGAUCGGCAAGACCAAGCUGAACAACAGCACCGUCAUCAUACCUCUGGACGAGCGACAGAUCGACUACACAGUCCCAACGACCAUCGCUGACGAGAUGAGCUACAUGUUCAACUACUGCACCCUGCCCACGAUCAAGGUGCACAACAUGGUGGUGAUGAUGCAGGUGACGGUGACCACGACGUACUUCGGCCACACGGAGCAGGUCUCCCAGGAGAUGUACCAGUAUGUGGACUGCGGGGGAAACACCACCUCCUUGCACGGACACGUCCAGGUCUACCAGUAAGAAGAGGAAAGCGGUCGGCUCUUUCUGAAACCUUUGCUGUGCUCUCAGAAACCCUGGAACGUUUCUGGGUGUUAAGUGGAUCCUACUGAAGAGCGGGGAUGAUGCAUUUUAGAGGUGACAGCCAGCUCAAGUUUAGAAGUCAUUUCAGUAGAAUUUCAAAUUAAUCUUCAGAAGACAGGCGUUUUUACAUCCACUUGAAGCCUCGACGACACAAACUAACAGCGUUACUAAACCACUUUUGUAAAACAUCUGAUGACUUUGUGUGGCCAAGUUUAGCGACUGCACUCAGUAACCACUUUUGUAAGUUUUAAGUCCCUGAUAGAGUUGAGUGGAAACCACUGCUGAGGUUCAGAUCUGUCGUUCAGCUUUCCUGAGUGUGUUCCAGCUUCAACCACUGCUCAUUCCCUGUUUGGUGAAGAUCCACAGCGUCUCAUGCAGCAUAGACAGAAAAGCUGAGUUCUGUCGUAGAGGUUUUGUUUGUGUUGUAAUAGGAAUAAUCUGACAGAUCGGCUACAUACGUGUCUGCACUCUGCUAAUAUCCUAUUGUGUUUAUUUAUGACGUCGCUCUGCUGUCACUGCGUUUUGGGGGAGUUUGUUAUAGGUUUGCAAUUUUAACAAAACAGAAGAGACACUUUACAUUUUCAUGCAUUAAAACCUCACGCACCUUACAGAAGAGGAGUCAUGUCUUUCGAGGUGAUCUUGUUUGGAGUGAUAAUGUGUCUAUAAAAAUGUUCUGUUUAUAUAUAUAUAUAUGACGGUUGCCAUGGUGAAUGUUCCCAAACACUUUAGAAAGACUUUCCAUCACUGCCCAGCAUCUAAAGUGUGACAUGUGUUUUCAUGCAUGAAGCUGUAAAUAAAUUAAAACGUUUCAAA